AUGUCGUUUGCCGGAAAAGUUAUAUUAAUCACGGGUGCGAGUUCUGGGAUAGGUGCAGCCACAGCAAAACACCUCGCAAGCUUGGGAGCUACUCUUGCCUUGGCCGGCAGAAAUUUGGACAACUUGAAACAAGUAGCCUCUGACUGUUCCACCAAAUCGAUUCCUCUUCUCCUGACAGGCGAGUUGACAAAUGAAAAAGAUACCAAAGCCAUACUAGAUAAAACCAUUGAACAUUUCGGCCAGCUAGACGUCUUGGUUAAUAAUGCAGGAGUUUUAGAGUCGGGUAGCAUUGAAAACACCAACCUAGAGCAAUAUGAUAGGAUGAUGAACACCAAUGUCAGGUCUCUGUACCAUCUGACAAUGCUGGCUGUGCCUCACCUUAUCAAAACCCAAGGAAACAUUGUGAAUGUGAGCAGUGUCAAUGGCACCAGAGCAUUUCCAGGAGUCCUGGCCUACUGCAUGUCAAAGGCAGCUGUUGACCAGUUCACUAGAUGUGUGGCACUGGAAUUAGCAGCCAAACAAGUGAGAGUCAACUGUGUCAACCCAGGAGUAACAGUUACUAAUUUGCAUAAAAGGGGAGGUAUGAACAUGGAGCAGUAUGAGGCUUUUAUCAAAAGGUCUCAAGAAACUCAUGCCUUGGGGCGACCUGGAAGGCCUGAAGAAGUGGCCCAAACUAUUGUGUUCCUUGCAAGCAAUGAUGCUAGUUACAUAACUGGAGCUACUGUACCUGUGGAUGGAGGAAGACAUGCUAUGUGUCCAAGAUAA